UCCUCCCAGUCUCUCUCACCCCGGUGCUGUCUUUCCCAUUUCGCCGCUUUGUUGUCAUUGUCGCUCUUUUGACCAUGGCUGCUCAUUCUAUCGAUGAACCGUUCCCCUUCCACGGGCUGCUCCCCAAAAAAGAAACCGGUGCUGCGUCCUAUCUUACCAGGUUCCCCGAGUACGAUGGCCGGGGAGUGCUCAUCGCCAUCCUCGACACCGGCGUGGAUCCCGGGGCCCCCGGCAUGCAGGUCACAACUGAGGGGAAGCCAAAGAUCGUCGACAUCAUCGAUACAACAGGCAGCGGUGACGUGAACAUGACCACGGUGGUAGAGCCUAAAGAUGGGACAAUCGCUGGCCUCUCUGGUAGAACACUUAAGAUCCCUCCAGCCUGGGUCAACCCGUCAGGGAAGUAUCGCAUUGGAGUUAAAAAUGGCUAUGAGUUCUUCCCUAAGGCUCUCAAAGAAAGGAUACAGAAAGAGCGAAAGGAGAAGAUGUGGGACCCACCACACCGAUCAGCACUAGCUGAGGUCUCUCGUAAGACGGAAGAGUUUGACCUCUCUCACCCAACACCCUCACAGAUGGAGAAGUUGCAGAAGGAAGAGCUGCAGAGUCAGUCAGAGUUGCUGGCGUCAUUGGAAAAGAAGUACAGUGAUCCUGGUCCUGUAUAUGACUGUGUGCUUUGGCACGAUGGCGUUACGUGGAGGGCUGUAGUCGACACUUCAGAGAGUGGAGAGCUGUCCCAGUGCACGGUGCUUAGCACCUACAAAGAGACGCAAGAGUAUGCCACGUUAGGAAACGCUGAGAUGCUUAACUACUCUGUUAAUAUUUACGAUGAGGGAAACACACUCUGCAUCGUCACCAGUGGAGGGGCUCAUGGGACACACGUGGCAAGCAUUGCAGCAGGUUACUUCCCAGAGGAGCCUGAGCGUAACGGUGUGGCCCCCGGUGCCCAAAUCCUGGCUCUGAAGAUCGGAGACACCCGUCUCAGCACCAUGGAAACAGGCACAGGACUCAUCCGCGCGAUGAUUGAAGUCAUCAACUACAAGUGUGACCUGGUGAACUAUAGCUACGGGGAAGCCACCCACUGGCCCAACACAGGGAGGAUUUGUGAGGUGAUCACCGAGGCUGUGCAGAAGCACAAUGUCAUAUUCGUCUCAAGUGCAGGAAACAACGGCCCGUGCCUGUCCACUGUCGGCUGCCCGGGGGGAACCACCGGCACUGUCAUAGGAGUUGGAGCAUACGUGACUCCAGAUAUGAUGGUGGCAGAGUAUUCCCUGAGGGAGAAGCUGCCUGCCAAUCAGUACACCUGGUCGUCCAGGGGCCCCAGCACAGACGGGGCCCUGGGUGUCAGCAUCAGCGCGCCUGGCGGGGCCAUUGCCUCUGUACCCAACUGGACUCUGCGUGGUACCCAGCUGAUGAACGGCACGUCCAUGUCCUCUCCUAACGCCUGUGGCGGCAUCGCGCUGAUCCUCUCCGGACUGAAGCAGAGCGGGAUACGGCCCUCUGUUCCUGUGGUGAGGAGAGCGCUGGAGCACACCGCUCUGAAGAUUGAUGACAUCGAGGUGUUUGCACAGGGUCAUGGAAUAAUCCAGGUGGACAAGGCGUUGGACUACCUCACUCAACACGCCACUUUACCCACAAGCCAACUUGGCUUCUCAGUGAGUGUGGGAUCACAGAGAGGCAUCUACCUCAGGGACCCAGCCCAUAUUGUUGCACCCUCAGAUCACGGAGUAGGAAUUGAACCCAUGUUUCCGGAAAACACCGGAAACUCUGAGCGAAUCUCUUUGCAGCUACACUUGGCGCUCACAUGUGCCGCCCCGUGGGUCCAGUGCCCCUCCCACCUGGAGCUGAUGAACCAGUGUCGUCACGUGAAUGUCCGCAUCGAUCCUGUGGGACUGAGAGAGGGAGUGCACUACACAGAGGUCUGUGGGUACGAUACAUCAACACCUAGCUGUGCCCCCCUCUUCAGAGUCCCAAUCACAGUCAUUAUCCCCGCCAAAGUGACAGACAGUCGUAAUCAGGAGGUUUGUUUCACAGACGUCCACUUCCGACCAGGCCAGAUCAGACGCCACUUCAUCACUGUUCCUCAGGGAGCCUCCUGGGCAGAGAUCACACUGACCUCUCAUUCGGGAGACGUGUCGUCAAAGUUUGUCCUCCAUGCGGUGCACCUGGUCAAACAGAAAGCGUACAGAGCUAAUGAAUUCUACAAGUUUUCCUCGCUGUUGGAAAGAGGCUCACUAACCGAGGCUUUCCCUGUGCUGUCAGGAAGGAUAGUGGAGCUGUGCAUUGCACGCUGGUGGGCGAGCCUGGGUGAUGUCACAGUGGACUACAGCAUCUCGUUCCAUGGACUCACCACUUCCCCUUCACCCAUGCACAUACAUGCCUCAGAGGGAGUGACGAGUUUCGAUGUGUCGUCGCCGCUGAGGUAUGAGGAGGUGUCCCCCGCCAUCACCCUCAAGUCUUGGGUUCAGCCUCUCAGGCCCUUAAAUUCAAAGAUAAAAGCCCUGGGAUUGAGGGACGUUCUGCCCAACAACAGACAACUCUACGAGAUUGUCCUCACCUACAGCUUUCACCAGCCUAAGAGUGGAGAGGUCACCCCCAGCUGUCCCAUGCUGUGUGAGCUGCUGUAUGAGUCUGAGUUUGACAGUCAGCUCUGGAUGCUGUUUGAUCAGAACAAGAGGCUACUGGGCUCCGGGGACGCUUAUCCACACCAGUAUUCUCUGAAGCUGGAAAAGGGGGACUACACGGUGCGCCUGCAGGUCCGCCACGAGCAGUCCAGCGAACUGGAGCGCCUUAAGGACCUACCGUUUGUGGUUUCUCACCGUCUGUCCACCACGCUCAGUCUAGAUGUGUACGAGUCGCACCGCGCCGCCCUCAUGGCCAAGAAGAAGGCCAACUCUGUCACCUUGUGCCCAGGUGCCACGCAACCCUUCUAUGUCACAGCCCUGCCGGACGACAAGAUCCCAAAGGGGACGAGUCCGGGAUGCUAUCUUUCUGGCUCUCUGGUUGUUUCCAAGAGCGAGUAUGGCAAGAAAGCAGGGCAGGCCUCUGCAAAACGACAAGGGAAGUUUAAAAAGGAUAUCGUGCCAGUCGUCUACCACUUAAUUCCUGCUCCCAACAAAUCAAAGAAUGGAGGGAAGGAGAAGGACAAGGAGGGGGACAAGGAGAAGGACGUGAAGGAGGAGUUUUCUGAAGCUAUGAGAGACUUAAAGAUUCAGUGGAUGACAAAGUUGGACUCUAGCACCAUCUACGACGAGCUGAGGGAGAACUACCUCGAUUACCUCCCGCUGCAUGUGCAAAGACUGCACCAGCUGGACUCUGAAAAGGAGCGUGUAAAACGUCUCAGAGAGGUGGCAUCGGCAGCCGAAAUCGUCAUAUCCCACAUCGACCAGACGGCCCUGGCUGUUUACCUCACCAUGAAGACGGACCCUCGGCCCGAUGCCGCCUCUAUCAAGACCGACAUGGAGAAGCAGAAGUCGUCCCUGCUGGACGCUCUGUGCAGGAAGGGCUGCGCGCUGGCCGACCAGCUGCUGCUGCCCGACCAGCUGCUGUUGCCCCCUGUGCAGCAAGACGGCGUCGGUGCCGUCUCCACGGGACCACCACCACCAGCAGCAGAAGAGGGGGAGGAGGAGGAGGUGGUGGUUGGAGAACAGGUGGCCAGCAGUUCUGACGACACCAUGCACAGCAUGGUUAAAGCUCUGACAGAUACGUUUUGGGAGGUGCAGAAGUGGGCGGAGCUAACUGACUCCAAGGUGUUGAUGUUUUCAUACAAACACGCUCUUGUGAACAAGAUGUACGGCCGAGCCUUAAAAUACGCCUCGAAGAUGGUGGAGGAGAAGCCCAGCAAAGACAACAUGAAGAACUGCAUCCAGCUCAUGCAACACCUCCAAUGGACACACUGUGCCACCUUCAGUGAGAACUGGCUCCCUGUCAUGUACCCCGCAGAAUACACGCCAUUCUAGGCACAGACGCACAUACAUGCAUGCAUGAGCAGCAUGGCCAUACAUGGUUGUUGGAUAUCAUGUCCCUCAGGGUCACAUGAUCUAUGCAUCUGGGUUUUCAAGUUUAGAUGUGGGUGGACACCAAAAUGAAGGAUAACGCCGAGUGUAAAUGUUUGGAGAGACUGAACACCUUUAUAGUUAGGUGAGAAUGGAUCGUGUUCGUCCUGUUUUUAAAAUGUCUUGUUGAACGUCACAGAUCUGCAGACCAUGUGGCACGACGGUUCAUUUGAACGCCACCGACAGAAAAACAACAAAUAAUUAUUUUUACGUUUUUAAAAUGCUUCAGACGUUUGACAGCCUGUAGCUCAGAACUUUCUUAGUUGUGUGUUGUCCCUUAUUUUGGUGUCCUCUACACAUUUUGGAGCUUUUCACAUCCUCAGCUGUCUGGACUCCACUUCACAAUAACCUCAUUCUUUUGUGUAAAUACUGUAAAAGGGCCAGUGUGGACUCUAGGGACGCGUCCCUAGUCCUAAAAAAACAAAAGAAACUGACCCCAUCUACUCACACAAACAAAUCAACAUAAGUGAGCGCUACGUUACUUCAGUGAGAGGACUGGAGGCCUUGCUGCUGCAUGAUGUUCGGACAUACGGGGGCACGCACAGUCUGCCUGGUCCCUGACUUAAAAGGGAGACGGAACUUGCUAUCUUUUUUUUCGAUUGUUCCAGCCAGGCCUGGCUGAUAAUGUUAAUAUUUAGUCUCGUCUGUCUUUUUGGACUCUUGAUUCAUGUACACAGAACACAAAACAGUAUUGAGGUGCCUUCCUCCAUGUACCGUACCUUUUUUCUGAUGGGAUGAGAAGCAGUGCGAGGCUCCAGAAUCAUUACAGCCAGUCUGCACUCUUCACCGUUGGUGUCAAAUGUGUCUUUAAGGCUCAGACCUGCAGUAUGACGAGCCCGUGCACUGUAUGCAGGCCGUGGGUGACGCGUAAGGUAAUAGGAAGCCACAAACGCACUGGCUCUGCUUCGGCUUACCUCCAGAGGUGUUGGCCGCUCCAUACUGCAGUGACCCGAGCAGCACGUUUGACGAGCCAUCUUAACAGACCUCACGAACGUGAGAGAGGACGUUGUGGGCAGCGGAAGGAUGUUCAGAUUUCAUUGUACAAUGUUCACUCCGUCUUAGAUGUUUCUCUGCACCAUUCAAAAUGUUGCAUUUGUACACAGUGUCAUAAAAUGAUGUACAUACACGCAUAACAUACAAAUAUUAAGAAGCAAUAGGAAUAUAAUAGAAUUAUUAUUCAAAUUGAUGUAUUUUGCAUAUAUGCAUGUCUUCUAGGAUUUAAGGAAAAAUGGAUUUCUUUGUUUCAAUUUGAGAGAUUGUUUUUUAACCCAAAACAAGAUUCUGGUGAUAAUCCACGAGUGUGUUUGUGAAUGACUUACCGUGUUACUUGUGAGCAUAUUGUGUACAUGAACAUUUGCUCCCUACAGAACUGAAACGAUGGCCAACUAGAGGGGUUUAAGCAUGAUCUAGUUUAUUUACCAUAUUAACCUUAUUUCAUUUAAAGGACCAUGCCGGUGCUUUUGUAUGUUUUAUCUAAUUGUCUACAAAUCCCAUACUUUACAUCACAGCUAACAUGUUUUAGAAUUAUUUUAAUGGAGUUUUCCAGGCAACUGUUCAACAUAUUAGACUUUAAAACGUCCACAGUGAACACCAAGUCUGCAUUAAAAGCCCUUAGAACUACAUUUCUCAAUCUUUUUACUAUAAGUGAUUGGGUUCUACAUGAACACGCAAUGUUUUGGGAAAAGUUGGAGCAGUUUUCAUUAUUUCUCAUGAGCGAUUUGUGUUUGUGUUGUUUCUCUGGGUUGAGGUGGUGCAGGCUUAUUUCUAUCAAAACGAGAUGAUGGCUGUAUGUUUACGUUGCCACUGUUGAUUCACACCCACAGUCUUAAUGAAGCUCGUUAGCUCAGUAGUUGAAAGUCGGUCUCUUCAUAAACGAUAACUGAAAAGUUUGAUUUGUGAUUGUGUAGUUAUGAAUAGAAAAUCAAUGCAGUCUUGAUGUUCACUUUGCUGAAUUGUACAACUUGAAAGAGCACUUCACCAAUUUAAAAUGUACUCAUAUCGCAGGGCGAAAGAAAAAUCAAUGCAGCAGAACCAGAAAUAUCUGGUGAUAUUUCUUUAGUCUUCGGUCCCAACUGACAAGACAGUUUAUCAGACUCGUUGCAGCUCUGGAGCCACAAAAACCUUUAUACACAUACGCAACAGUAGCAUUGUCUGUUAACUUUCAGGUUUACAUGAUUUGAUCUAAAAUGUGCAAAAACACUGGCGUGGACCUUUUUUAUAAUAUCUCACCUGAGUCAUAUAACAAAUGACAUGGGGCUGGUUGUUUUCACAGUGCGAAUGAGGACCAUGCUAAAGAUACAAACUACAUAUUAACUAUUUAUAAUUGUGAUUCUCAACCUUUUCCGCUUGUUCUGUAAAACAAGUUUGAUCCGUAGUUUAACCAAAGGAUUGUCCCACACUAAGUUAGUUUAGAGAAGCACGAAGGCUGAACAUUAUAAAAAUUAAUUAUCACAAUAUUGAGUAGAAGAAAUAGAUUUGCCCUCAAACCACCCAGUUUGAGAACCACUGGUCUUCUACAUGUAACAGCUCAAAAUGAUGUGCUAAGACCUCACAAGUGGAAGGUGCAUGCUUAAGAAUGUAAAAGCAGCUGCUUUUAAGCCGAGGCCUUUCGGCCUCACAGGAGUAGACAAUCUUUUCUGGGGUGACUGUAAACUACAUACACAGCGAAUCCGUGGUCAAGGUUCAUGUCGACCCUGGGGUAAGGAUACCUUGUGUUUCUGUUUUUAGCUCUGACUUGCACGCACUUUCUGCAGCAGCCUCUGCAUAUAGGCUUCUCCGGAUAUUCAGGGCUGUACUGGAAUCAGUUGGGUUCGUCAGAAUUUGUGCUCACCGUCUUUUCUUUCUGCAUCUUCUGUGUACUCGUGCGUCUUCGUCCUUGUUUCUCCUCUUGUCCUGCGUUUGGGGUUUGGUUUAGGCAGAUGUCUGCAGUAAGCGUUGCCAAUAACAGUUUCUCCAAAAAUGGCCUUAACUCACCACAGGACUGUACAGUCCGUUUCUGGCACCGGACAGACUUCUCGAUAUCUGUUGCUUCUUCUGGAUGUUCAGUGUUUAUAUUUGUAGUCAUAAAAUCUAGUAAAUGCCAAUAUUUUACAAAAUGUUAUGAGAUAAGGCUCUUAGUAUUAUUUUAUACCCAUUCUUCCUCGAUGAGGUGGGAAAGACCCGAACUGUCACACUAUUUGGUGGUCACAUGGAAUUACGUCACAAACAAGGAAAACAACACUGAAUAAAAAUGAUUUGGAAGAA